AAAAAAAGAAGAAAAUUGUCACAGACCAAUCAAUAAAUAGAAUUGUAAAAUAUUUCUAUUUUCUGUAAUUGUGUAUCUACGUCAUAAACAGUUAUUUUGUGAAUAUAAUAUAAAUAAAAUAACCCUUUAUACACCCUUUGUGAACUACUAAGUUCGUGCUAAGUUGUGUAUUGAAAUAUUAAAAAAAAAUUUGACUACUGUUUACUUUUACAACUAAUAAGAAAUUUCUGUGUGUAAAAUAACCCUCGUCUGCCUCAAAACAACUUGUUAGCUAAAUGCCUACGAUAACUUCAACAACGCCGGAAGAACAAAACGAUGCUAAUCAGAAAAUGAGGAAUGCUCUUAGGAGAUACAUAAUAAGAGAACGACAGAGAAAGAAAGAAGAGUAUGAGGCAGAGGUAGAAGAAGAAAGGCUGAGAAAAGAACGAGAAGCCAGAGAGAGACAGGAUGUAAUGACCUUGGAGGAAACAAAGGAGCAGAUUGAUCAGUUGGAUAUAAAACUAAAACAGCUAGAGAAAGAAAAACAGCAAUUAUUCAUGGAACUGAAGAGAGUUCUAAAUGAAGAUGAAAUCAGAAAACGACAACACCAAAGAGAAACUAAUGAAAUGCAACCAAUGAAGAUGCCAAUGGGUAACAUGCCUAUGCCGAUGUUCCCAAUGCCAACGUCGACCGGCCAAGGGGAACCCGCUCCGAACCAGGGCAGGCCUCCACCGCUUACUACGCAUGGGCAUAAAAACAAGCAUUCAAACUACAUGUUCGUGUCGCAACAACAGAGCAUGGUCCGGGGCCCCAUGCAGUCGAGUGUCAAGCGUCCCCGAAGCCCGUCUCCUACAUAUGCUCUCUAUACACACAGACUACACCAGCCUCCAAUGAAGCAUCACCAGGUUUACUCUGACCAUAAAGUAGAGGAUGGUCGAAUGGGCCGCCAAAUGGCGCGCGCAGUUCUUUGGAACAAGUCCUCGCAAUACGCGUCCGGCGUGAGUGGUUCCAGCGUCCAAUCAGGAGCGUACUACGCCAUGCCUUCAUCAGGAGUGGUGGUAACAGAGCGACCGCCGCCAUUGUUAUACGCGCAACAUCCACACACGCCGCAUGCGCACACGCCGCAUACCCCGCACACGUUGCAUCAACCGCAUCACACGGGGAUGUUGUAUGCGCCCGCGCAGCAACAUAUGUACUUGGAUAAUAUGAUGAAGAGAGAUGGUCAGCAACAACCCGAACAGAAGAAGGAGCAGCCGCAAGUACUAAUCGGCUUGAGCGAGGCGCAUCACCCCUCAGUGAGCAGUGGAGUUGUUUACUCUCAGCCACCGCCUUCCACCAGACACCUGGCCUUACACCCGUCCGGGUCCGCGCCACAGCUCUCCAACAUACAGUCCGCAAAGCCGGGUAGCAUCACCCAGGGCUACCCAGUGCAGCAGUCGAACCAGAAUGUCCAGAACCCUAACAUAUAUCCAAACAGACAUCGUUAUUAGCAGCAGCUUAAUGGGCGCCACCAUAAGCGCUUCAGGCAGUGUGCUUACGAUUGGAAUGAAAAGUGAACAUUACACGCGGAUUUCCACGAGUUCUUGUAAAUAUUUUAUGAACAAUUGUAUUAUAAUUAAGAAGGAAUUUAACAUGAACUUCAUUUACGCGGACUUCCGCAAGCCUUUAUUGUACUUUUAUAAAAAAACCGUGUCAUUAUUAUGAAGUGGUGAUAAUUAUAUACGUCAACUUGUAAACCUGCAGUUAAGGUGAUUCCAAACUCGUACUGCUGCCACAUUUAGUAACUUUUCUUCUUUCGUUUAUGGGUGUGUCAUUUUAACAAUCUUCUAGAAAACACAUUGUAAACAAAAAAAUAUAAAAUUUUAGUGUAUCUAAUUAUUUUAAUAUUCGACUUAUACCUAUACCUCAAACGAAUAACGUUUUAACUUCUUCUUUCCAUGGAGGAAAGAAUCGUCUUGAUAUUUUUUAAAGCGGUAAUGUCAAGUGACAAAUGUAUCGACAUGUUAACGGUAAUUUCAAGUAGCAUGUAUCGACAUUUUAUGUAGAUAUAAGUAGUAAUGUAAAUAAACUUAAAUGUAAUAAAAGAAAAAAAAAUGUUAAAACGAAUUUGUAUUGUAAACUUUAUAGACACUAUUUUUUUUG